AUUGAGUAUCGAUCAUUUCAAUACUUUGGUAAAAGUCUUUUUCAAAUAUUUUAUAUUAUAUUUAAAGUGUAAUUAUGAUUAUAACUUGCUCACGAAACAAUUUUCCAAAGCUUGGAUAAGGUACUAUAGUCAAUAUUACCAUUCAUGCCAUACAAUUCCCGAAAACCCGAAUUGAUCAUGAACAUAUUAACAAUAUUGGGAAUGGUCAUUGCGACUUCAGUUGUUACGUUACUAUGUAUGCGAUUUGGUAUAACAAUGACCAACACUCCAGUACAUAUAGAUAAAGUUAAUCACACGACUGAUGACAGAUCGAUUACCCAUAACCGUGGUAAGCUUUUAGUGGGAACCAUACCACCUGACACCGCCGUAGAACUAAAUGCGACAAACAAAUCUUUUUCUUUAAAUCAAAAAGGAGGGUGGAUUAGUCGUCCAGGAUCUACUUCAACGGUGUCAGAAAAUAAAGCAUCAAAAAACUAUUCAAACAUUAAACACUUACAACAAGAGAAUAGUAGACUUCUAUCGGAUAUAGGGCUAGUUCGAACUGACGGUUUCUUAGCCGAAACAUCGACAUCUAGCAACAUGGAACAAGCAAUCGAUUUUCGAGACGCGUCAAUCGAUAUAAAUUCAUACAACAGACACGAUAACAUCAAUGCCAUGAGCAACAACAGUGAGAAAAAAGAUGAAGAUAUAACUGACAAUACUAAUAUGAAUCAGUUAAACAGACAAAUCAGUCAAAGAAAAAUAAAUCACUAUCGUCAAUUGAAUACAAAUAUAGGAAAAUACACUACGAUGGCAGAAGAAGACAAUUCAAAUGGUUAUCAAAAUGCAUAUGAUUUAACAUAUAAUGCGGGUGAAUACGGGUUCAAAGAAUAUGAAAGUCCAACUUAUGAAACGGGAUGGACAAGCGCUGGUGAGGCCCAACAGAGGCCUCAAGGGUCAUUUUGGUCGGGAUCAAGUGGUAGUUGGGAACCACCGCCAUAUGGGUUAGAGGGAGGAUAUUCAACUGACCAAGGUCCUAGUAGCAAGCCAUUAGAUAGGCCAUCGAAAAAGCCAACUAAAAAUGAUCAAAACGCAUUGCAACCAAAAGUUAAUAACGUUAAUUGGAAAACAAUCGGCAUGUUGGCGCUCCUCAAACUUAGCCUUGCCAAACUCCAAGCAAUUGGUUUUCUAAAGGCGUUAUUUUUACUCGGGUUCUCGUUUAAAAUGUACAUGAUAGCAGUAAUUUUUAAAUUCAUGUUAAUGAUGAAACUAAUGAAGUUCUUCAAGAUAUUGUUAUUACCACUGUUUUUAGUACGACUAUUACCAUCGCUCAUACAAUUACUUAUGAUACCAGGACGUAUAUUAGAUUUAUUGAGGCGAUUGUCUGACAGUAAUAACAUGCAAGGAAAUCAACUGGGCGGAUUACUUCCUAGUCAACCUGGUAGUUUACUUCCGAGUCAACCUGGUGGGUUACUUCCAAAUCAACCGGGAGGAUUACUUCCGAAUCGACCGGGUCAACUCCCGAAUCGACCGGGUCAACUCCCGAAUCGGCCAGCCGGUACGCCUGGCAAUGCACGGCGAAGUGAUAAGAGUAAAGACAUUCCAAUAAAUGAGUCUACAACGGUCAAUCACAAUAUUAUCGGUAAAAUAAAUGAUCCACUUUUUAAACUAGAAGAUACACAUUUGAUUAACGUUCAAAAAAACGACUCAAUACCGAUAGCAAAUUCUACAUUAGAAAAUUUUCAAAAGCUAUUGGAAUCAGAGAAAUGUGUAGAAAGAAUAGCUUGUCGAAUUUCUAUGGCUGAGAAGACGGGCAACAUACCAGUUUGGAUUAAUUGGGCGUUACAUCGCGUACAGAGGUUGAUUCCCAAUGAUAAACUUGAAUCAUAUCUAAAAGCUUAUAAAGAUGUGAAUAAUGAACUUAAUGCCAAGUUAUCAGUUCCGGACAAUUGGGCUACAUGGUGCUUGGAACGUUACGACUGUAAUAGUAGUGAUAAUACAACAAAUGAGUCAAACGCAAGAAAAUGAUCUAUUUUAUUUUAAAUAAUUAUUCAUAUUAUCAUUUAUAGUCAUAUAUUUUAGAUGUAUAAUACUAUCAAAUAUUUUAUUCAGACAAUAGAAAAAUCAUUUAUUUUAUUCAUGCUGUAUUAUAUAGUAGAUUAUUAAU